AUGACUGACGUUGAUGGCUAUAAUACUAGAAGUAAGGGCAAGAUCUUCCCAGCGAUGACAGAGACUUUCUUUUCAGACGAUGAAGAGUCAGUAGCAACAGAAGAUGAAGCUUUCAUUGAUGGGGAUGAUGAUUAUGGUUACAACGAAACGCCCAGCAUCAAAGUGGCUAAACCUGUUAAAAAAACUAAAACGACAAGGAUCACAGGCACAGACGCAGUGAGUAAACUAGCAGCCAAAGACCAAAGUUUCCUACAAAGCGGAAAUAGUGAUAUACCGGAAGAUUUCAAGCCUGACACAGUUUCUGGCAUGUUUAGGUCUCACGACUUUAGUUACUUAAGGCUGAGACCCGAUCAUGCCUCCAGACCUAUAUGGAUAUCACCUAGUGACGGUAGGAUUAUCUUGGAAAGUUUUUCUCCUUUAGCAGAGCAAGCACAAGAUUUUCUGGUGACUAUAGCAGAACCCAUCAGUAGGCCGUCACAUAUUCAUGAGUACAAAAUUACCGCAUAUUCUUUAUAUGCAGCUGUGUCGGUAGGAUUGGAAACAGAUGAUAUUCUUUCUGUUCUUGACCGAUUAUCAAAAGUUCCCGUUGCUCAGUCAAUUAUUGAUUUCAUUAAAAGUGCUACAGUUUCCUACGGUAAGGUUAAGCUAGUUAUCAAGCAUAAUAGAUAUUUUGUUGAAACUUCGCAGGCCGAUAUUCUACAGAUGCUAUUAAAGGACCCAAUAAUCGGUCCUCUAAGAAUAGAUAGUGAUCAACAGCAGCAGGUGUCUAAGAUGGCAGAUGCUACUGCUGUGAACAACGCUACUGGUACUAGUACGAAUAUUAAUCCUAACGACGUGGAAGCCAUGUUCAGUGCCGUUGUUGGAGGAGACAAUGAAAGAGAAGAAGAUGAUGAUGAUAUUGAUGCUGUUCACUCAUUUGAAAUUGCUAAUGCUUCAGUUGAAAUCGUCAAGAGGAGAUGUCAAGAAAUUGAUUAUCCUGUUUUAGAAGAAUAUGAUUUCAGAAAUGACCAUCGUAAUCCUGACUUAGGCAUUGAUUUGAAACCUUCCACGCAAAUUAGACCAUAUCAAGAAAAGUCUUUAAGUAAGAUGUUUGGUAAUGGUCGUGCUAGAAGUGGGAUUAUCGUGUUACCGUGUGGUGCAGGGAAAACUUUAGUUGGUAUCACAGCUGCUUGUACCAUUAAAAAAUCUGUUAUUGUGCUUUGUACUUCAUCUGUCUCUGUAAUGCAAUGGAGACAGCAAUUCUUACAAUGGUGUACUUUACAGCCUGAAAAUUGUGCUGUUUUCACAUCCGAUAAUAAGGAAAUGUUUCAAACAGAAUCAGGGUUGGUCGUUUCUACUUAUUCUAUGGUUGCUAACACCAGAAACAGAUCUCAUGAUUCUCAAAAAGUUAUGGAUUUUUUGACCGGUAGAGAAUGGGGCUUUAUUAUUUUAGAUGAAGUGCACGUUGUUCCUGCAGCUAUGUUCCGUAGAGUUGUUUCUACCAUUGCUGCCCAUGCCAAGUUGGGGUUGACCGCAACUUUAGUCAGAGAAGAUGAUAAGAUUAGUGAUUUGAAUUUCUUAAUCGGCCCAAAACUUUAUGAAGCUAAUUGGAUGGAGCUUUCUCAGAAGGGACAUAUUGCAAAUGUCCAAUGUGCUGAAGUUUGGUGUCCAAUGACCGCUGAGUUUUAUCAGGAAUAUUUGAGAGAAUCUGCCAGGAAGAGAAUGUUGUUGUACAUCAUGAAUCCAACUAAAUUUCAAGCAUGUCAGUUCUUGAUCCAAUAUCACGAAAAGAGAGGCGACAAGAUUAUUGUAUUUUCGGACAAUGUAUAUGCAUUGCAAGAAUAUGCCCUGAAGUUAGGUAAACCCUUCAUUUACGGUUCUACACCUCAGCAAGAACGUAUGAACAUUUUACAAAAUUUCCAAUAUAAUGACCAGAUUAACACCAUAUUUUUAUCUAAAGUUGGUGAUACUUCUAUUGAUUUACCGGAAGCGACAUGUUUGAUUCAAAUUUCGUCACAUUAUGGUUCACGUCGUCAAGAAGCGCAAAGACUAGGUAGAAUUCUUAGGGCAAAAAGACGUAAUGAUGAAGGUUUCAAUGCUUUCUUCUACUCUUUGGUAUCCAAAGAUACACAAGAAAUGUAUUACUCAACAAAGAGACAGGCCUUUUUGGUUGACCAAGGUUAUGCCUUCAAAGUCAUUACACAUUUACAUGGAAUGGAAAAUUUACCAAAUUUAGCUUAUUCUUCUGCAAGAGAACGUAGGGAAUUAUUACAGGAAGUGUUGUUGAAGAAUGAAGAAGCUGCAGGUAUAGAAGUAGGCGAUGAUGCAGACAAUACCAUUGGUCGUGGCAAUAAUGUUAACAGGCGCUUUAAAAACAAAGCAGUUAGAGGCGAGGGAUCUUUAGCUGGUCUCGCAGGUGGUGAAGAUAUGGCAUACAUGGAAUACAGUACAAAUAAGAAUAAGGAUUUGAAAGAACACCAUCCAUUAAUUCGUAAAAUGUAUUAUAAAAACGCUAAAAAAUGA